AUGCUUGACAAUUGUACAAUCUCACAUAAAGGCGGUCUUGUGCUCUGGAGCCGGUCGUUUACACCAACGGCUGCAACCUUGUCGCGCUCAAAUGCAUCGCCAGUAAAUAAUCUCAUUCGUGAAGCGCUCAUAGAGGGUCGUUCGAGCGAGGACCGAUACGAAAAAGAUGGCUAUGCUGUUCGCUGGACUCUUGCCAACGAUCUCGAGCUCAUAUUUGUGCGCAUUCUCCAACUCUCCUAUGUCGAGGACCUAUUGACGGCGAUAAAGACUCUCUUUAUCAAACUCUACGCGCCGUUCCUGACGAAAUUUGUCGCAUCGCUCCAUGCACAGGCCAACGCCGCACCAACCGAGGUCGCAGACGCAAGCCCGUCUUGGGACUUUGCGAGUGCGUUCAAGGACUGGGACAAGGUCUUUGACAAGGUUCUUCGUGAACUUGAGCAAAAAGCCAACCAAGAACGCCGUCUGCGCACGCGUCAACUCACUGGUUCGACUGCACUCGGCGCGUCCAUGUCCGGGAACGAGAGCUUUAAUGAGGAACAUCCAGAGCGUGGUAGUGGUGCGACGACGCCGGCAAAGGAUGCUACGAGCCCUCUUGACGGGCAGGAGAUUGCAAAGAACAUUGCUCACUUGAAGACGCGGAUGAAGGGUCGAAACUCUACGUCUGGGAAGAAGGGAAAGGGAGGAGGUGCUGGGAGUGGAUCAGACUCGGACGUGAGCAAGCGGCAGUCAAGCCUGCGUGGUGCUAAAUCGAAGAGGACGUGGGGGGACGUCGUACCCACCGAGGACGACAUGUCGGCGCUCGACUUUAGUACGGAUAAACCCAGUGAUCUACCUAGUGCCGGGGUCCUCGACACACUCGUGGAUGAAAAGUCGCGAGGCGUCAAGAAGGAUGGCGUCUACGAGAUUCGGGACUGGGAGUUUUCAAAACAGGCGUCAAGAGAAGUAGACGAGGAUUUGGACGACUUUAUUUCAAAGACACUACGAGAAACCUCUCUCAACUCGACCGGUCCGACAACCUCGAGCGAAGCUCAGCCCGGAUACAUUUCGUCGUUGUUCUCCAAGCUCACGGGGUUGGCUGGUUCUACGAGGCCACUGACCCAACAGGACCUCGGACCCGUGCUUGCUGGAAUGAAGGAGCAUUUGAUGAAGAAGAAUGUCGCGCGUGACAUUGCAGAGAGGGUCUGUGACGGUGUCGGAAAGAGCCUAGAGGGGAAGAAGGUCGGCGGGCUGAGGAGUAUACGAGGAGAAGUGCACGCUGCGCUCGAGGACGCAAUUACGCGUAUCCUCACGCCCAAGACGUCGACGGACAUUCUUCACGCCAUCCGACAAAAGAAGCUCACUACGAUGACCACGACGCGUGCUGGAGGGGAGAGCAAGAUGGAACCGUAUUCCAUUACCUUUGUUGGUGUAAAUGGAGUGGGCAAGUCGACCAACUUGUCCAAGGUGGCAUUUUGGCUACUGCAAAACGACUUUCGGGUGCUUAUCGCCGCGUGCGACACGUUCCGAAGUGGUGCAGUGGAGCAGUUACGAGUUCAUGUCCGCAAUCUUGGCAUGCUGGUCAACAAGGAGACGGUGGAGGAUGACAAGGGGAAGAAGAUUGAUCUCUAUGAAAAAGGCUAUGGCAAAGACGCAGCGGGGAUUGCCAAGGAUGCAAUCGCAUAUGCCAAAGAAGAGGGUUUUGACGUCGUGUUAAUUGACACUGCGGGGCGGAUGCAGGACAACGAACCACUUAUGCGGGCGCUUGCAAAGCUCGUUGCACUCAACCAGCCGGACAAGAUUGUGUUUGUCGGCGAGGCACUUGUGGGCAAUGAAGCUGUCGAUCAGCUGACCAAGUUUGAUCGGGCCCUGAAGGACUUUUCCAAGGGCGAGGGCAAGAGUGGAAGGGGGAUUGAUGGAAUGCUGGUCACCAAGUGGGAUACUGUGGAUGACAAGGUUGGCGCGGCGUUGAGCAUGACCUUUGUGACGGGGCAGCCAAUUCUAUUUGUUGGGUGUGGGCAGACAUAUACCGAUCUCCGACAACUACGCGUGUCAAAUGUUGUCCAGGCAUUGCUCAGUGAUUAG